GCAUCACCUUUUAUAUCAUUUCUCGAUUGAAAUGAACUGCGUAAGUUCCUCGCCAGCGCUCCAACAGCGUGCGGGAACGGGGCAUCGUCUGGCGCGCUUGCCGCCCUGCUUGCCGCCCAGCACACACGUGUUCGGAGGAUUAGGUCGCGUCACAGGGCGCUCGGUUUCAUGCGCUGCUACAGAGCCCAAGGAAGCAUCAGCCCCGGUGCCGGUUGCUGAUGCGGCAGCGCCGGCCGCCGCGGCCGCCGCGCCUCUCUCACUGACGCAGCGGGCACUGGCCAAUGCGCCCGAGUGGCCCGCGUUCCUGGGCACCCUGGCCAACAGUGGCUUCAUCACGGGCACACUGCUGGACGGCAUACACAGCCGCAUGGGACUGCAGGUGUACGACUGGAACCCGCUGGUGCUGGGCGGCCUGAACACCAGUGUGGCCGUGCCGCCGCUGCUGGCGCUGUUCUACGUAGUGCUGGGCAGCCUGGUGCCCAUGGCGGACAACCUGAGCCCCUCGCCCGAGACCGAAUCCAUCCGCCAGCGCUGCAACGAGACGUUCUACGUAGCCGCGGCGUUCGGAGUGCUGGCGGGCCUGCUGCAGCUGUCAGCCACACUGUACGACAGCGGUGUGCCGUACUGGCAGAUCCAUGCCGUACUGGGCACGGCGGCGCUGGUCAACUGGAAGCUGUUUGACGGCACGCGGCAGGGCAUUGCGCUGGCACUGCUGUGCGGCCUGGGCGCCCCCGCGGCCGAGCUGGUGCUCCUGCACUUCGUACCGCUGUGGCACUACCCCCGGGCUGACCUGGGCGGCGUGUUUGUGAGCUGGGUGUUUUGGUGCUACUUCUUCUACACGCCAGCUCUGGGGGCGCUGGCCCGGUACCUGUGGAGCACUAUGAAGGAACUGGAGCAGUUCAAGCGGUCGCAGCAGGCGCAGGCGCAGCAGCAGGCGCAGGCGCAACAGGGGCAGCAGGGGCAGCCGCCGCCGCCGCCUCAGCAAUGAGCGGCCGAUGGGCCUAUGGGCUGUGCUGCGGGGUGGCGGCUGCGCCUCGUGAAGGUGUGGGUGUAAACGGGGGGCACCGAGGCAACCACCUGGGGUUGGCGGCGUGUGUGUUCGGGUGCUGCUAUCGAUGUGAAAUUGCGAAGACGGGACAGUCCGACCGCAAGGGCACACUGCACCCCUUGUAAGAGGGAGCAUCUCGGGCUCGCGGCUGUGGGUAUGGGAUGGCAAGGGGUCGGCAGGCGGCCCCUGCAUUGGCCGGAGGAGUGGCCUCUGAGGUUUGUAUCGGAAGGACACGGCAGCUCGGUAUCGACAAAACUGUGACUGGAAUUGGUUAACGUGCGACGCGGGGUAAUAGCGGAAUGGUAGGCCGUACGGGGGCGCAUGCCACGUCAGCAGUCCGCUUGCUGCCUGGAGGGAAGGAGAGACGGAGCAGGAGGCCUCGCGUGCAGGUUGUUUCGCUACUGGUCUCCUUAUAGGUGUCGGAAAAGCUGCGGCGAUGAUGUAUUCCUCGCUGGGGUUGCCCGAAUCCGUGUGACCGUUGGCGGGAGCGUGCUGUGCAUCGCGAUCAGAGCGCCAACAGACACGCACGCUCAUCGGCCAUGUCUGCGUAGUGUGCUUGCAACACAUAAACUUUUGGGCAGCAUUCUUGAUUGCCGAGCGCUGAACUAAGCCUAGCAA